AUGAGCUACCUCUCGCUGCCCGCUUUAAACCUCAAUGAUCACUUGCGCUCAGGAAAGCUCUUACGAAUGAGUGGCCAGGAUUAUCAAGAAGACAUUCACCGAAGCGACCACGCAAUUGAUAUUUUUCCCAUCAAGGCAGGCCUUCCAUGGGCAUCUGGGAUUCAAACAUGUCGCCAAAGCAAAUACUGGCAAAUGAUUAUUGAUACAACGGAAGUGUUCCUAGCGCAUCUCGCCGCUGAUGAGUCCGUCCGGCAGAUCUUCAAAUCAGGACAGUCAAUCGCCGAAAUUGCGCGUAAAGAACUUAACACCCGGAUGGAAGAGGGCUGGACCAAGUUUACAGCAUAUAUGUUUGCGGAUGGGGAUAGACAACGCACGCGGCUCCUAGCAGUGGUCAAUGUCUUUAUCUUUGUUUUUGACGACUUCUGGGAGAUUCAUGGAGCCGACUCGUUCACGAGUGUGAAAGAUGACUUUAUAGCUCGCAUGCAGCCAGGAUUUAUAGCUACCGGCAAACAUACGUCUACUUUCCAGUCAAUGAUUGAUGAAACGAUGUCGGAGAUUAGGGAGAUCGACGCUGCUGCUGGUAACAAAGUCGGCCAGGAGAUGAUCGAACAAAUGGUAGAAUUCUUUCCGAGGCCACCCCCGCCAAAGGAAUAUAAGAACAUGGAAGAUUUCCUGCUAUACCGGCAUGUGGACGCUGGGCUCCCGUAG